CUCAUCUCAUAUUUUGUCCACCCAAAGGGUCCAAAACCUCUCUCUCUUUCUAUCCCAUUGCUUAGCGGGUUCUGUUUUUUCUCGCCUCCUCCUUUUCUCGAGAAAGAGCCAGGCAAAUUUUCUCAGAAAGUAUAGAAAAAGUUUUAAAGGCCUGGCCUGCUUGGAGGAAGUGAGAGGUGUUUUUCCUUUCAUUUUCCCGGAAUUUCCGGGCCUGUCCUUUGAUUUUUUUUGCCAUAUUUUUCACAUAGAUCGGAAUCUUCACCCAUAUAUAGAGACUUGUGGGUUGAAUCGCUUGAAGCCUUUGUAGCUUUCUCUUCCCUUUUGGGGUAUCGGCAUUUUUUCAAACAGAUCUGCCAAUGAGUGUGUGACGGAUUGUUGGUGCUGAAGAUUUCUCGGAAUUCUUUAAUUCGUAUUUUUUACAAGCAAAUUCAUUUUGGCCCUAAUGCAAGGGCAAAGGGGUAGUGUUGGUUCCUUGCCAGAAACUCUUGACUUCGACCUUGGAACUCCAUCAAAUAACGCAACCAUGGACCAGCAGAUUUGCUGGAAUAGCAUGCGAAAUCCUGCAGAGAACCGUAUGCCGGACUAUUUGAUAGCACCAAGUGAUAUGAACAUUGCCCUUGUCAAUUCCAGGAGCCGCGAACGACCGAACUUGAGCAGGUGGUGCUUAAACGAAGCUAGUUCUAGCAACACACAUGGUGAAGCGAGUCAAGAUGAGCGGAAAACAGAACUGGGGUGGCCAUCAUCUUCAGGUCCGAGAUUAGAAGAGCAGCGUCAUGAACCAGCUAAUAACAGUUCAGCUGACAAUAAUGCGAACCUUAUGUUCGUGCAAAGUUCCAAUCAUCCCGACGCAAUUUCGUCGAGUCUUAACUUAGGUUUUGUGGGUCGUAGCAGUGUCAAUACUAAUAAUAAUAAUAGCCAAAUUAUGGAAUUCCCUAAUUCAUCAUACAAGUUUGGUGGAUCAGAAAAUGAGCAGAGUCGGUCUGUAAGUGUUUCUGAUCCGUUUCUGCUUCCUUCGGGGAGUGCUGGGUUUAUGGUUGGUGAGAACGAUGGCAGACAGGAGGGUCGUCGGAUGUCUUGUAAAAGAAAGGCUAUUGAGGGAAAUGUUGGGCCAUCUUCUUCAAGUGGAAGUUGUAGCUACUUUCAGCAUACAGAAAGCAGUGCAAGGCCAGGACUUUCUGCUCAGAAUAACGCAGGAAGUAGUCUUAGCAUGUAUCCUUCAUUGGAACAAGGGAACCCAAGACUUGAACUAGGUGGAAUAUCAAUAACUUCUGAUAGACCGGAAAGCUCUCAUAGAAACUUCCGUUUGAGGACCAAUCCCUCAAACCAACAAAAUCCUGUUUCUCCUCCCAUAUUCUCAACAGGGAGGAAUGUUAGGCGUUCUAGUGUUAUGCCUCCCCAACCAUCGCCAAGUCCUCUUCAAGCUUCUCAUAGCCUAGACUUAAGGCCACCUUCUGCAGUAGAUAAUAUGCGUAACCAAAGUCAGCCUGCUAUGAUUGAUAAUUCUCUCCCUCAAAACGUACAACCAUUAAGAUGGAAUGGAGCUUCUACCUCAAGAAAUGGUGGUUCAUCAAGUGCUGUUGAUUUUGGAGAAAGAGAUGUCCUACCACGGGAGGAUUUAAGCUCUAGAAGCUUUCCCAGAAACAUAUUGGACCACCCCAUAUUUGUACCCGCAACAGAAUUGAGAAAUGUGGUUCGACAUCCAUCAAAUAGGAGUUUAGCUGGGGGAAGUACAAGUAUUCCGGGAAAUAGUGCUUCUACAUCCCGGGCUGGUUCAAGUUCCAAUGUCCAUCCAUCAUCUGCUCCCGUCUGGCCUCCCCAUCACAAUUCUCCUCAUUAUCCACGGAGAUUUUCCGAGUAUCUACGCCGUUCUUUGUUUUCUUCUGUUGGAGCUGAAUCUGGCGGGCAGAGUGGUAGCUAUUUGCCACUGCGUCCUGGCCUGCCCGGUUCCUCACAGGAGAUGUUGCUUCCGACUGGAGCUGGUAACCAGGGUCACCAUCUACCACACCCACGGUCGGCAUCAUGGAUGGAGAGACACAGCAAUAAUGGACUGGGAAUUCAAUACUCACUACGAUCUCUUGGUGCUGCUGGUGAAGGAAGUAGCAGGCUUGUGUCUGAGCAGAUUCGCAAUGUCCUUGGUCUCAUGCGAAGGGGGGAGAAUCUGCGAUUUGAGGAUGUUAUGAUUCUUGAUCCCUCAGUAUUUGUUGGGGUGGCUGAUAUCCAUGAUCGGCACAGGGAUAUGCGACUCGAUGUCGAUAACAUGUCUUAUGAGGAGUUGCUGGCACUUGAAGAGCGCAUUGGAAAUGUGAGCACUGGACUAAGCGAAGAAAUGAUAUUAAAGUGUUUGAAGCAGAAGAAGUACACCGCAGCAGGAAAAUUUCAAUCGGAGAAUGAACCUUGUUCCAUUUGUCAGGAGGAGUAUAAUGAAGGUGAAAAUGUCGGAAGGCUGGAUUGUGGCCAUGACUUCCACAGGGACUGCAUAAAACAAUGGUUGACACAAAAGAAUCUGUGCCCAAUUUGUAAAACGACAGCCCUGCAAACUUGAGGGGACAAAAUAUUUUCUCAGGCUUUGUCCCCAAAAUUAGUCCCUUUGCUUCGCCUUCAACCUUAGUCCAUGAGACGAUGACACACCACAAGGCCAAGAGUCAUCGGGAUCCACAUUUUUACUUAAUUUUGUCUUUUAAAGCCCAUUGUUUGAGGCCCCCAAAAUUGAGGAAAGCAAACUAGAAACGACUUUUCAUUUAUUAUUUAUGAAUGACUUGGUUUAUGAUUAUCUUUAA